UUGCAAAUUGGCAGUUAUAACGCAAAAUAUAUUUUACAUUUCAUUGUUCAUCAGAUCAGUAACGUUCGAGAACUGGACGCAUGCUCAAUCCAUGUCUCUCCUACUAGCCAGGCUCUCGUUGACUGUGGCUUCGGAACGGAGUCCAUACUCCUCGUCUCCACCCCUCCCCUUGACUGAAGGCAUGGCGGCUAUAGAGACUCGUGAAUGCGAAACGGAAGGCUGUUGUAAGGAGGCCAAACUUCAAUGUCCAACCUGUAUCAAGCUCGGGAUUCAAGGCUCUUACUUCUGCUCACAGGAGUGCUUCAAAGGGAGCUGGGUUACUCAUAAACUUCUACACAAGAAAGCAAAAGAGGAUCAGACCCAGGAUGAGGGGAAGAAUUGCAUGGACAAAGACAUAAACACAGACCCUUGGCCUGGCUACCGCUACACAGGCAAACUACGACCUCACUACCCACUGACUCCCAUGAGGCCUGUGCCUGGUGAUAUUCAAAGACCGGACUAUGCUGAUCAUCCACUAGCAGCAGAGGUGGGUCUUAUGGCAGGGAUGUCUGAAGCAGAACAGUCCUUGAAAGGGACAUCCCAGAUAAAGAUUCUGUCCCCUGAAGACAUUGAAGGCAUGGUAGUUGUGUGCAAGCUGGCACGAGAAGUGCUUGAUAUUGCUGCCCUCAUGGUAAAACCUGGGAUAACCACUGAGGAGAUAGACCACACUGUGCACCUGGCUUGCACAGCGAGGAACUGCUACCCUUCCCCUCUUAACUACUACAACUUUCCUAAGUCCUGCUGCACAUCUGUCAAUGAGGUCAUCUGUCACGGUAUCCCAGACAGACGAGUUCUCCAGGAUGGCGAUAUCCUCAAUGUGGACAUCACAGUCUACCAUAACGGAUACCACGGAGACCUUAAUGAGACCUUCUUUGUUGGAGAUGUAGAUGAAGCAGCAAAAAAAUUGGUCCAGACCACAUAUGAAUGCCUUAUGCAAUCUAUAGAUUCUGUGAAACCUGGCAUCCGCUACAGAGAGCUUGGCAACAUCAUCCAGAAACAUGCCCAAGCCCACGGCUUCUCUGUUGUGAGGAGCUACUGCGGCCACGGCAUCCACAAACUGUUCCACACUGCACCCAAUGUGCCACACUAUGCCAAAAACAAGGCGGUCGGAGUGAUGAAACCUGGCCAUGUAUUCACUAUCGAACCCAUGAUCUGUGAAGGUGGUUGGCAGGAUGAAACAUGGCCUGAUGGCUGGACCGCAGUGACACGGGAUGGGAAACGCUCUGCCCAGUUUGAGCACACUCUGCUGGUGACGGAGACGGGCUGUGACAUCCUCACCCGCCGGCUCGAUGACAACGGACGAGCCCACUUCAUGAACCAACUGUAGUGUGAUGGAUCGGACAAAACCGCAGGCUCGCACGAUGCUCUCUUCUCUCCCCGUGUCACAGAUGCACACAUUUGUACACAAAAAGCAACACACUUCUAACCUGAGGCACGAUAGCCCGAAAGCCAACCCAUAUAAGGCUUUCACUGUUCUACAAAUGUAAUGUUGUUCUCGAAAUUAACAGGGAGUACUUGAAUACAUCUCAACCAUGUGCAUUGUUUUAUCAAAGCUGUUAAAAUAGAACUGUAUCCUCAAUGACAUGAGAAAAAAAAAAAGAAGAUGAAAGUAUAUUUAUAAGAUGAUGCAUCACAGGCUGGUUUACAAGCUUGGUUUCUGUCAAUGUGUUGACUGGAGGAAUGUGAAGGGAACAGGGUCAAGCUAACAGUUUGACGUUCUGAAUAGUGCCACCUUUACUGGUUUGCCUGUGAGCCCUACAACAUGGUACCCAGCCACCUAUUGGACCAGAUGCGGCCAAGUGGAGGACCUGUUGAGCUCCCGUUAUGUUGUGUGUGCGCGUGUGUGUGUGAUGCAGGCUCUUUCUAUUUAUGGUCCUGUGUAGAAAAAAAAUAAUAACAUAGCCCCUGUAACCCCCCUAGAGAUUUGAAAUGGGAGGAUUGGGUCGUAGGAUAAGUGUUUAUUGAGCUUGCUGAAAACAUCUUUAUAAAUUAUUUCAGAUGUACAGAAGGGACUAGGUCUCAGGACGUCUGCAGCAAUGCUGAGUUUUUAAUCUCUCCUUGGUUGUGAAGUAAUAAAUGUCCAGAACCCACUCACCAGUUGGCCCAGUCCAGAGUCAUUGAAAAGAGAAGAGACACGUAAGAGGGCAGUGAUUUUGAGAAUCAAGUAGUCCUGGUGUAGCUUAUCAAGCCUUAAUUAAGAUUGCCUGGAGAGCUCUAGGCAAGUGUGUUGUCAACCCCAACGUAAUAUGCUGUUGGUUUACUGGUGUGAGCAAUGCUCGUUUCACUGUUUAUCUUCUAUGUCUUGUUCUCUUCUACAAAGGAGUAAUAAACAGCUGUUCUGUA